AUGUGGCCUCGAGACCUACUCGCAAGCGCAAUUGCAAAUUCUAGACUGGUAUCCUUUGGCUGGGAUGCUCGGACACACAGCAGAGAUGUGCUCGCCACCACAUCUCUGUCGCAGCAAGGAAAUAACUUGCUUCAGGAGCUCAGCAUCUAUCGCCGUAGCACACAAACAAUACGUCGACCUAUUAUCUUCGUACCUCACAGCCUAGGAGGCCUCAUAUUGAAGAGCGGACUGGUUAACGCCAACUUGGCCGCCGCUGACCAUAACCCUCAUCUUCGCGACAUCCUGACGUGUACUUACGGAAUCAUUUUCAUGGGUACUCCCCAUCAAGGCUCUGCUGCCGUUAGGCGUGGGGGCUUUCUGUUGUCCCUCAGCUCCAUAUAUUUCAACACGAACCAGAGGUUUCUGAAACACUUGGAAGCGAAGUCGGAGUGGCUAGAGAACAAUAUGGUGCAGUUCACCAAUAUCAGCAAUAAAUUCCAAACCAUCUUCUGUUACGAAGCUUUUCCGGUGGAAAAGGCUGGUUCGAAGAUCCACGUUGUGACAUAUGACUCGGCCGUGGUGUCUGGACAGCGAGGGGUGGAAACACGACAGAUCAUGAAGAAUCACAUCACCAUGACAAAGUUUGACGACGAGCACGACAAUGACUAUCAAGCUGUUCUCCAGAUGCUCAAAGAGAUGGUUCAAGCAGCAGCUACAUGGACUGGCAGAGAAGAGGACCUCUGUUACAAUGAGAGACACCGGGCUGCUGCUGGUGCAGGUAUUCUCCCUGCCGCUGACCUUGGAUCUGAGAAGUUCCAUGUUUCGUUCGAUUCUGUUCCCGCGAACAACAAAUGCUUUACUGGUCGCAGAAACGAUCUUGAAAGAUUACGUGCUUUAUUUCUGCCAAGGACUAAUACCGGUCAGCAGGUAAUCGUCGAGGAUGAUGGGCAUUCCGAAACCGAAACCAAGACUGUCGUUUUACAAGGUAUGGGCGGCGUUGGUAAGACUCAGAUUGCCCGAGAAUUUGCGCACUCUUACCGGGCUCGUUUCACGUCGAUAUUCUGGCUCGACGCUCACAAUCGAGAGACAUUAUUGUCAAGUUUCGUGCAGCUCGCGGAGCAGCUCAUUCAGCACUACGAGAGCUUGCUUUAUCGCCACGUGCGCCCGGAACAAGCCCGUGUUCAGGCGGUUGCUCAGCUCAACCUAGUCGGGUAUAUCAAUGAAAUGGGCGAGGUAUUGCCUAACCGUUCGGAAAAAAUUGUUCAACCGGUCAAGAAAUGGUUCCAAGCUCAGGGCAACGGGCAAUGGCUGCUUAUCUACGACAAUUAUGACAAUCUACACUGGUACAGUAUCGGUGAUUUCUUGCCCAAUUCACAGCACGGAGGCAGCGUGUUAAUCACGUCCCGCCGCGACGACUGCUACAGAUUGUGUGGCGCGGAAAACUUCAUAAAUGUAGAACUGAUGGAACCUUCAGACGGCGUUGAGCUGCUUCUUAAGUGCUACGGUGUGGCUGAUAGCUCACGUUCCAGCCCAGAGUAUGAAGGGGCGCCCCUGAUUGUCAAAGAACUGGGAAGGUUGCCGUUGGCAAUUGAUCUUGCCGGUACAUACUUGAGAAAUCGCAGAAGCCCACUCAAAAGCUAUCUCAAGAUGCGGGGUAGGAUGAGAAAAGCACUGAACUUCCAGCCCUCGGUGGGUGAACAGAACUCGUACCAACACACUGUAUACACAACCUGGGAGGUUUCCUUCGACGAGAUCAAAAAGGAGAAUCCAGACUCGGCCGAUUUUCUGCUGCUAUGGGGUUUCUUGUCGAAUGAGAAAAUUCAGGUUGAGAUGCUGCAACGAGGGAUGGGCCUGGAGGAGGACGAAGAAGUCCGAGACAGGAUCGCACCACUAUUGUCGUUUUCUCUCGUUUCAAAGACCGGAACCCGGGGUGAGGAUGCGUUUACGGUCCACCCGCUUGUGCAUGAGUGGGCUCGGAUUCGUCUGCCCGAUCAGAAGCAUCGAUUUUCUGCAGAGGCAUUGUCUCUUGUGGCGUCUUCGGUCUCGCCGUCCGAAAUAUGGACCACUGGCUUUCGAAAGAGUGAGCACUGGGCAUUCGAGCGACAGAUUAUGGCGCAUAUUGAGGCUACGAGUCAGCACGUACGUGAGGCGUGGAACGACAAGACGUUCUAUCAGCACGCUGAAUACUGGAUCAAAUAUGCCCAUGUGUACUUCUACCACGGACGGUAUGGCAAGGCGGAAGAGAUUUAUCUCGGCGUUGUUGGUGCGUACCGGAGCCAUCUUUGUCCUUCCAACCCCGAGCUGCUGAGAGCGAUCAGGGGUCUUGCAACCGUCAACCGUUUUCAAAGCAAGUAUGGUGCUGCCAAAAGCCUUUACGAAGAGGCCAUGGAUGGAUUCACAAAGCAAUUGGGACCAGACGACAUAGAAACACUACAGACGAUCCAGAGUUUGGCUGUGGUAUAUCGCCAUCUCGGUCGUCUGAAAGACUCGAUGGAUCUGUACGAGUGGGCGCUUCACGGGCGCAACCGCGACGACGAGGGCUUCUAUCGGAAGAGUGGGCCAGACCACCACUACACGAUUCACACGGUCUUGGGCCUGGCGAUUGUGCUCCAGCACCGGGGACUAUACGCACAGGCGGUGAAACGCUACAACGAAGUGGUCGACCAUCGGGUGCGUCAACUUGGUCCCGGCCAUCCGGACACCCUUGUUGCCAAACAAAACCUUGCCGACGGAUUGGGCCGGUCAGGCGAGUACGCGAAAGCGAUGCAGCUUUUCCACGAGGUGCUGCACUUGAGGAUCAACCAGCUCGGGUCUCAACAUCCGGAUACUCUGCGUACUAUCGACAGCAUCGGAAUACUGUAUCGUGACCAGAAGGAAUGGGCCAAAGCGCAAGAUGCUUUCAACAAGGCGUAUAAGGGCAGAAAGGAACAAUUGGGUGACCUUCAUCCUGAUACUCUGGCCACGGUUCAGAACAUUGCCAUCAACUACCGGAAGCAAAGCACCAAUUACCCUUACGAUACCGAGCAGUACAGCUCCUAUCUUAGAGAGGCCGAGAUCUACUACAAGAAAGCGCAUGCGGGCCGUAGGCAGAAGCUAGGCGACGAUCAUACCGAUACGAUGAAAAGUUGGGAAGGCCUGGCGCUGGUGUCCGAGGCUCGAGGGGAUUACAAGACAGCACGAGACAUCUACAUUGAUGUGAAGAACGGCUUUAAGAAAAAUCUGGUGCCAGAAAGCGAAGAUGUGAAGAGGGCGCUCGAGGCGCUUAUUCGUCUGUCGGAACAUUUGGAAGACGUCGAGGAUGAAGUCAAGGAGCUAGGUGAGGAGCUCACGCAGGCCAAAAUAUCAAAUCAAGGUGGUGUUCGGAAGUUCAGUACAACCACAUUUGGAGUUUGA